ACACCCUUUGAGCUAUGACGCACGCCAAUAAGAUCCUUUCUCUUCAGUGUAAACGGAAGUGAACAGUGACCAAGAACAAUUUCCACUUUAGCGUUUUAAUUUGUUAUUUAGACGUUUAUUAACACCAUGGAACUCAGCAUAUUACUACUUUAACUGCACGGCAUCACAUACUUACUUCAGGUAGUGUUUAAUUCCCGUUGGAGACAGGGCUUGGUUAAUAGAUGUUAUCUAGGUAACGCUAGCUAACAAUGGCUAACUGUAUGGUUUUUCACACUCAAAUAGCCUCCAUCAUGGAGGUGUUAGCAAAUGCAGCCGUGGCAGAGAUCUGUAAACUCGUAGACGACGACUAUGCAGUCAUCCGUUUGGAAAUGUCUCAAAGCCAGAAAGAAAACAGGGGAUUGCGGAGGAAACUACAGCUACUGGAACUGAAGGUGGCGCGGGAGCGCGCAGAGCGCGUCCUCGCCAGUCGUCCCAGUAGUGUCAAGAUCCUCGACCGAUACAGAGGAAUGGCAAGAGGUGAAGGACAUCUCACUGGAGGCAACAGGAGCUUUGUGAAGCCAGUGGGACACAAUACAUGGAGAGAUGACCAACCAAUCACUGUUGAUGAGGGGAGUGGAACCUCAACCCAGCACGUUAUCGUUAUAGAGUAUGCAGAUGCAGAGGCUGCAGGUCCUGGGGUUAAGCAGGAGAGGUCCGAAGGAGAGGAAAACAAACAACACAACAGAGACAUCCAGACUGGAGCAGCGGCUGGAGUGGUUCCCCCUGUGGCUACAGACGACUCUUCCACCACCCCAUCGCAGCCCAGGACGCUACGCAGCAUCACGGAGGUCAGUGGAACGCUGAACGCCGUCCUCAAGUCAGAGACCGACACAGAGACUUUAAUUGUAACACAAAGGCUUUUUCACACAGGAUCUGACCACAGAUCAGACCCAGAGAGACUGGGGCCACUGGGCUGUUCUCCUGCUCCCAGUUCAGAGUAUUUACUUUACGGUAACCCAAGCCCGAGGACGGUUCAUUCUCAUCAGGACUCAGGUGACGUGUUAGAGACUGGCAAUGAUCCGUCUUGUUCUUACACUACAGAGCUGGACACUGGCAACAUUCCCUUGGGUUUAGAGACACAGACUGUUCUCUCUAGAGGGGAUUGGAACCAGUACAGUAGUAGUGUAUACUCUGAAGGGUGCGCAGAGGGUCUGGUCGUAGAUAAAGUGACUGUGAAAGUGGAGGGCGAUCUCCCUCCCACAUGGAAUGCAGAUAGUCACCUAGGAGACGGACACUCACAGGGCAGAGAUUUCUUAGAAAACAGGGAAAGCUUGGAGACAAAUCCAAAUGUCGUUAUCCACUCCCCUUUACACGCAUUCAGCGGUCGCGACCCAGUGUCCACGUCGAUGCGGCCUUCCGAUUCGCACAGCCGUGUCCUUUUCGAUCAGGUAUUGAACUCAAACGACAGGGCUAGAGCCCAGGCUCAGGGAGUGGGAGCCACGUCAGGCAAUAGUAAAGAGAAACGGUUCCUGUACAAGUUCUGUAACAAAGGCUUCAGCUGCACCCAGAAGGUGGACAUCCACCAGAGGGUCCACACAGAGGAGAAACCAUUCAUCUGUACCCAGUGUCACAUGCGCUUCGCCCAAGCUGGCACCCUGAAGAGGCACCAGAGGGUCCACACAGGAGAGAAACCCUUCAAAUGUACCCAGUGUCACAUGCGCUUCGCCCAGGCCGGUGACCUGAAGAGGCACCAGAGGGUCCACACGGGGGAGAAACCCUUCAGGUGCCCCCAGUGUGAGAAGAGGUUCUCCCGCCAGGACCAGCUGAAGAUGCACCUGAAGAUCCACAUGGAAGAAAGGCCGUUUGCGUAGCUACCUCAGGGUGCACCAGCAGAAUAACCAUUCCACUCUAUAACAGACCAAGAACGUAACCAUUUCUACUUGAUACUGUUGCUUCUGAUAUUUAGAUCAAAUCCUGCAUUAAAGACAAAGGUGAAUUUUCAUUGUUGUCAACAGAACAGAUCCACAGAUGCAUUUGGAAUAACAAGAGUAACAGAUUUCAGUGUUGAAUAUUGCAUCCAGACAUUGUGUGAUAUAUAAGGCAUAUUAUAAGCCUAAAAAGUCUGUUACAUAAUGUGUUUGUACUGUUUAGGCUAUAUGUUUUAUUACUUCCAUUUAACUACUUCAAUUGUUUCCCAAGACACUUUCUAUUUGUUAUUAAAAAAAUUAAAAAAAUACCCCCUUUUUUUCACCAAUUUCGUCAUAUCCAAUUGUUAGUUUAAGUCUUGUCUCAUCGCUGCAACUCCCGUACGGACUCGGAAGAGGCGAAGGUCGAAACACAACCCCGCCAAGCCGCACCAAUGUGUCGGAGGAAACACCGAACACCUGGCUUGCACUGCGCCCGGGCCGUCACAGGAGUCGCCAGGACUUCCCGUCCGGCCAUACUCUCCCCUAACCCGGACGACGCUGGGACAAUUGUGCAUCGCCUCAUGGGUCUCCCAGUCAUGGCCGGCUGCGACACAGCCCGGUAUCGAACCAGGAUCUGUAGUAACGCAGCUAACAGUGCGAUGCAGAGACUUACACCGCUGCGCCACUCGGGAGGCCCCCAAGACUCCUAAUGAGAAAAUGUAUGUGUAUUUAUUGUUGAUACGUGUAUGUGUGGUUUUCACAUGGUGUAUAUAACACUUGUUUGUGUAGCCCUUUAGACUCGUAUCUGUAUACGGGUUGAAAGUGGCAGAUUUGGCCAAUGAUAAGCACCUAAAUUCUAAUGCAGUGGCUGUACAGUAAUAUGCUAUAAAUGACGUCAGUGCUCAGGCUCGGUUUGGGUUUUGACUGACAGCUGUUCUGAACUUGAGCACAACACGCAACAAGUUGCCCCCAUCGCUCCCGCUAAUUUGGCAACGUUUUUGUUGUCUGAGUGAAGGAAAUGCUAUAAAUUAAGAGGACUGAAUCUAUUUUGAAAGAUGAGAUGUUAAGGAUUAUAAUAAAUACCACUUUGAUGUCAUACAAGCAAGCCAAACACUCAUGAGUCCAAUUGUGCACUUCACAUUUCCAUAUCAUAAAACUCAUGUCAUAUAUAGUCGUGGCCAAGAGCUUUGAGAAUGACACAAAUAUUAAUUUUCACAAAGUCUGCUGCCUCAGUUUGUAUGAUGGCAAUUUGAAUAUACUCCAGAAUGUUAUCACGAGUGAUCAGAUGAAUUGCAAUUAAUUGCAACGUCCCUCUUUGCCAUGCAAAUUAACUGAAUCCCCCAAAAACAUUUCCACUGCAUUUCAGCCCUGCCACAAAAGGACCAGCUGACAUCAUGUCAGUGAUUCUCUCGUUAACACAGGUGUGAGUGUUGACGAGGACAAGGCUGGAGAUCACUCUGUCAUGCUGAUUGAGUUUGAAUAACAGACUGGAAGCUUCAAAAGGAGGGUGGUGCUUGGAAUCAUUGUUCCUCUGUCAACCAUGGUUAUCUGCAAGGAAACACGUGCCGUCAUCAUUGCUUUGCACAAGAAAAGGGCUUCGCAGGCAAGGAUAUUGCUGCCAGUAAGAUUGCACCUAAAUCAACCAUUUAUCGGAUCAUCAAGAACUUCAAGGAGAGAGGUUCAAUUGUUGUGAAGAAGGCUUCAGGGCGCCCAAGAAAGUCCAGCAAGCGCCAGAACCGUCUCCUAAAGUUGAUUCAGCUGCGGGAUCGGGGCACCACCAGUACAGAGCUUGCUCAGGAAUGGCAGCAUCUGCACGCACAGUGAGGCGAAGACUUUUGGAGGAUGGCCUGGUAUCAAGAAGGGCAGCAAAGAAGCCACUGCUGAGUACUGGGGUAAAAUCAUUUUCUUUGAUGAAUCCCCUUUCCGAUUGUUUGGGGAAUACGGAAAAAAGCUAGUCCGGAGAAGACAAGGUGAGCGCUACCAUCAGUCCUUUGUCAUGCCAACAGUAAAGCAUCCUGAGACCAUUCAUGUGUGGGGUUGCCUCUCAGCCAAGGGAGUGGGUUCACUGGUGACGAACAAUGCCUUUUCCAGCAUGAUGGAGCACCUUGCCAUAACGCAAAAGUGAUACCUAAGUGACUCAGGGAACAAAACAUCGAUAUUUUGGGUCCAUGGCCAGGAAACUCCCCAGACCUUAAUCCCAUUGAGAACUUGUGGUCAUUCCUCAAGAGGCGGGUGGACAAACAAAAACCCACAAAUUCUGACAGAGUCCAAGCAUUAAUUAUGCAAGAAUGGUCUGCCAUCAGUCAGAAUGUGGCCCAGAAGUUAAUUGACAGCAUGCCAGGGUGGAUUGCAGAGGUCUUGAAAAGUGAAAUGUGAAGUGCACAAUUCUUUUCACUCUGUCAAAUAGGUUAGUACUGUGGAGUAACAACAAUGUUGUUCAUCCAUCCUCAGUAUUCUCCUAUCACAAGGACGCCUGUAUCUUUGUAGUGACUGGGUGUAUUUAUACACCAUCCAAAGUGUCAUUUAAUAAAUUCACCAUGUUCAAAGGGAUAUUAAAUGUAUUUUUUUUUACCCAUCGACCAAUAGGUGCCCUUCUUUGCGAGGCAUUGGAAAACCUGUAGGCUACUGAGAUGAGGUAGUCAUUCAAAUCAUGUUGAUUUCAUGUUGAUAUUAUUACACAUGCAACUUAUGAGACUUGUUCAGCAAAUUCUUACUCCUGAACUUAUUUAGGCUUGUCAUAACAACGUGGUUGAAUACUUAUUGACUCGAGAUAUUUCAGCUUUUAGUUUUUUAGACAUUUCUAAGAAUUUCUAAAACCAUAAUUCCACUUUGACAUUGUGGGGUAUUUGUAUGUAGGCCAGUGACUUAAACAUCUAAAUUUGAUACAUUUUGCAUUCAGGCUGUAACACAACAACGUGGAAAAAGUCAAGUGGUAUGAAUACUUUCUGAAGGCAUUGUAGGCCGUGGAAAAGGGUUCAUAAACACAAAAUGAGACUUUU